AUGAUUUUCACCAAGACCGAGGCAAACGCUGUUAGCGCCAAAACGGCAAGAGCGUGCGAUUUCUGCGCCAGAAAGCGAGCAUGUUGGUACUGUGCCGCCGACGAUGCUUUCCUCUGCCAACACUGCGACUAUUCCGUUCACACGGCUAACCCGUUAGCGCGUAGACAUGGACGGGUUCGCUUGAAAACGACGUCGUUUAAGUCACUCAAUAAUAUUAACUGUGCUCCGUCGUGGCACAAAGGAUUCGCCAAGAAACCUCAGACGCCACGUGGAGACGGAAAGCACACUUUGAAGAACCCAUUCGAUGUGGUACCUGAAGUGGGUUACGAUGAUAUGAAUUCCCACGAAGAGGGCGUGGAACAGGUUCUUUAUAGAGUGCCCGUUUGUGACAAUAAUCAUGGUUUGUUUGUUUCAUCGGAGAUUGAAGUUGCUGAGUUUGAUCCUGAUGUUGAGAUUUUGUUGGGUAAAGGAGUGGAGAAUGAGUGCGUGGGAAUGGAAGGGUUGGGGCUAGCUGAUGGCAAAGAAUAUGAAUAUGAACAUUCUUCGUGGGAGUGUUGUGAGGAUAGUGGAAAAGUGAAGGUGGAGAUGAUGAUGAUGGGGACAGAGGAAGCAUUUGAAUUGGGAUUUGAUUGUGACGAUGCUCCUUUAACAUGUGAAGAGGUGAAGGAGAAGAUUGGUUUGGAUGAGAUCAAUAAUGGUGGGGAACUCAAAGAGAUUAAUGACGAAGAAACGACAAAGAAGAUACUAUUGCUGCAGUUGGAUUAUGAAGCUGUAAUCACUGCUUGGGCAACCCAAAAAUCUCCGUGGACUUCUGCGGAUAAACCACACUUGGUUUCGGAUCACAGCAUGAGAAGAUGGGGAAUGGAGCUUCACAGACCUUAUGGUGCAGCAAUGGAAGACGGGGGAAGAGAAGCGAGAGUAUCACGAUAUAGAGAAAAGCGACGUACAAGGUUGUUCUCGAAGAAAAUAAGGUAUGAGGUUAGAAAAUUGAAUGCAGAGAAGAGACCCAGAAUGAAAGGGAGGUUUGUAAAGACAGCUUCCUUUGUGGCAGUGCCACCACCAACUCUUCCUUUGCCAAACAAAUAG